CUAACAGAGAUCCUAUAGUGAAAAUUCUCGGCCCUGAAUAUGGGUCUGUUGAAGGAGAAGAUAUGUCUAUGUUGCAUUUACUUGAAAGAGUUAAAAAAGAUGAUGACCCUGAAACAGAGAUUAAAAUGAGAAUCUUUCUUCUUCUUCGUCAGCUGGACUUGCAACUGCUUAAUAGUUCUUUGAAACACAUUUCACAAAACAUAAGACUAAAUCCAGCUGCUAUAUGUAAUGAAGUGAAUCUUCUCAAGAAUUUCUCUGGGGAAGGAGAAGAUACAGUACUGGAAACACUGGAAUAUACAUCAGAUUACGUGUUCUCUAAUGGAUGCCGAGCUCCCCCCUGGAGACAAGUGCAUGGAGAAAUUUGUUAUUUAGUCAUCAAGCCACAUGACACUGAUCCUUUGUAUAUCACUUGCAGCACAGCAGGAGUGUUUUUAAAUGGAGGUCAGCUAAAGGGUAAAGAUGACAUUGACUAUGAAAGAAAAAGUGAUGUGUAUAAAGAUAUUGUCACAUUUCUAAGGGAGAGAUCACCUAGAUUUGUAGAAAAUAUGGCUAAACAGCUAACACUUCGAAUUGCUGUGUUGGCAUAUAGUGCUGUUGGAAACAUACUUUUUAACAUGUGCUUAGCUGGUGAAGCUACAGCAUCAAUUCUCCUGUGGAAAACAUCAAGAAGGUCUAAAGACAUUAGUGAAAGUUCGUCAGAGACCGAGGAAGAUGAAGAACAGCCUGUACGUCGUCAAGAAGGAAACGCUGAUUUGCCAUCAGAAUACUGGGGAAUUCAGAAACUUUCAAAAUAUAUAAAGGGUGGUAAUCCAACGGCUACUGUAAUUGCAUUGUGUUCAAUGAGAGAUUUCAAUCUGGCUCAAGAAACUUGUCAGCUGGCCAUCAGAGACAUUGGAUGUCUUGAAGUGUUAAUUAAUUUACUUGAUACAGAAGAAAUUAAAUGUCAGAUUGGUUCAUUAAAAAUCCUGAAGGAAAUUAGUCAAAAUACACUGAUCAGACAUACAAUUGUAGAUCUUGGGGGCUUAGAGAUCAUGGUGAAAAUACUGGACUCUCCAGAUAAAGAUCUAAAAUGUUUGGCAGCUGAAACAAUUGCUAAUGUUGCUAGAUUUAAACAAGCACGAAAGACAGUAAGGCAGCACGGAGGAAUCAAGAGACUGGUUGGGCUGUUGGAAUGUACUUCAGUGGGAUCAACCCGUCUACCACGAUCCCAAGCAAAUGAUACUGAAACAGCACGCUGUGGGGCCUUGGCACUCUGGAGCUGCAGCAAAAGCACCAAAAAUAAAGAAGCAAUCCGUAAAGCUGGUGGCAUCCCCUUAUUAGCUAGAUGGCUCAAAUGUUCACAUGUGACUAUUUUAACCCCAGUAGUGGGGACACUACAGGAAUGUGCCUCAGAGGCAAGUUACAGACUUGCAAUAAGAACAGGAGGAAUGAUUGAGAACCUUGUGAAAAAUCUGAAUAAUGAACAUGAGGAGCUUCAGAUGCAUUGUGCAAGUGCCAUAUUUAAGUGUGGAGAAGAUAAAGAAACACGUGACCUGGUUAGAGAGCAUGGAGGUCUACAACCACUAUCUGUUCUGCUUGAGAACUCUGAAAACAAACAACUUUUAGCAGCUGUGACAGGAGCAAUCUGGAAAUGCGCAAUCAGUGUAGAGAACGUGUCAAAAUUUCGGGAAUAUAAAGCUGUAGAAACUUUGGUGGGACUGCUCACUGACCAGCCUGAAGAAGUUCUUGUAAAUGUCGUUGGAGCACUGGGAGAAUGUUGCCAAGAGCCAAUAAAUCGAAGUACUAUCCGAAGAUGUAAUGGAAUACCACCUCUAGUGAAUUUACUUACUGGGACUGAUAAGACACUACUUGUGAAUGUCACCAAAGCAGUGGGAGCUUGUGCAACAGAUCUUGAAAAUAUGAUAAUAAUUGACCGUCUAGAUGGAGUUCGUUUGUUAUGGUCAUUGUUGAAAAAUCCUAAUCCAGAUGUUCAAGCAAGUGCAGCUUGGGCUAUUUGUCCUUGCAUUGAAAAUGCUAAG